AACUCUCGCUCAUUCUUCUUCUUCAUUGCUCUCUCUCAUCGGCCGCGCCUUGUGUCUCUCUCCUUCAAAUCGCCUUCUCUCUCUUGCUAUAAACUCGUAAUCGAUUUCUGUCUCGUCGUUGAUCAGGUCGGUUCGAUUCUUUGGCUCUCUUCUUUUCACAGAGUUGUCAAUCUCCUUGAUAUCAAGGGGACUGUCUGGUAAGAAUGGCGGAACAAGUCUUGGAAGGGAGCCAACCGGUUGAUCUCCAGAAGCACCCUUCGGGAAUAGUUCCAACUUUACAGAAUAUUGUCUCCACUGUUAAUUUGGAUUGCAAGUUGGAUCUUAAGGCCAUUGCGCUCCAAGCUAGAAAUGCAGAAUACAAUCCGAAGCGUUUUGCUGCGGUUAUUAUGAGGAUAAGGGAACCAAAAACCACAGCGUUGAUAUUUGCAUCUGGCAAGAUGGUAUGUACAGGAGCUAAAAGUGAACAACAGUCGAAACUUGCUGCAAGAAAGUAUGCUCGUAUCAUUCAGAAACUUGGGUUUCCGGCAAAGUUUAAGGACUUCAAAAUCCAGAAUAUAGUAGGCUCCUGCGACGUUAAGUUUCCCAUUAGGCUUGAAGGACUUGCAUAUUCACAUGGUGCCUUCUCAAGUUAUGAACCAGAACUAUUUCCGGGCUUGAUUUAUCGGAUGAAGCAACCGAAAAUUGUGCUGCUUAUAUUUGUCUCUGGAAAAAUUGUUCUUACAGGAGCAAAGGUGAGGGAAGAGACCUACACUGCAUUUGAGAACAUUUACCCUGUCCUAACAGAGUUCAGGAAAAAUCAGCAAUGAUGGGAUGGCAGAGGACUCACUGUCAUUGUUCUUGUAUUAAAAUUUUGGCAUUUAUGUUUUUAACAUCGCUUUACAUAGUCUGAAAGUGUAUCCUUACCUAAAGCCACUCCUUAAAUUCGUCAACCUCAAGAGGUCUUAUAUUCAGUUAAAGUUCUGUUGGCAGACAUAACAGAUGGAGCAAUCAAAGACAAUUUGCUUGCAAAAGGUUUGCAGUGGAACACUUGUUGCUGUGACGACCACUGCGCUGGAUAGAAUUGUAAAUAUGGAAAGGUGGUUGUCACUGUUGACUGAUUGGCUAACGAUGAUAAAAUAAAGACGGAGUCCAGUAAUUGUUGGUUGUUUGGUGUGAAAUUGUUAAAACAUCUGCCAAGUCUUUGAAACCAGAACUGGACAAUGGAGAAGGGAGUGGGGAAAAAAAACAAACCUUUUAACUUCUAGUUGCAUUUUCAGCUUUCUGCUUACACGAGUUUUUUUCACUUCGCUUUAUAAAGAUUUGAAACUAUGUUCAAUUAGCAAUCUAUUGGGGAAAUAAUGAUCACAACAAUGCAUUGGUCGUAUGGAUAUGCUCUAUGAAGCUUGAGCAUGUCAAUUUCUUUUACCGACCACUAAAUAUUUCUAACAAUUAUUCGGGAGAAGCAAGAGCGGACUGUUCAAAGUCACUUUGAGCAUCAACAAAAAAUAAGGAUAUCUUGCUUUUCAUUCGUGGCCCAGUAAAUGUUACUUUGAACUUGCGAUUGCUGAACUACCUUUUCUUUCAAUGUAAAGCGCUCUGUAGUCUGUACUAGCCAUAUCUGAAAGGAAAGGCUUAAUGUUAUUUAAUAUAGUAGUUCAUCUUAAAUAAAAGCGAUUGGGUCCAUGUCA